AUGUCCGCACCACGAAACCCUCCAUUUAGAGCUGAGCAUCUGGGCUCUCUAUUACGUCCUGAGAGACUUCUCGCCAAGCGUCAUGCCAUUCAGCAGAAGAAGGACACCGAAGAAGGGCUUCAAGCUUUGACAGAUGACUGCAUCAACGAAGCUGUAAAAUUGCAGGCCGACGCAGGCUUUCGGGCGAUCACCGACGGAGAAUAUCGACGCCAUAUGUUCUGGGGAACCUUCUUCCCGUCUCUGAAUGGGAUGGAAGAGAUCUACGGUCCCGAGGCAUCUAUCUUUCGCGAUUAUGUUCCAGAUAUCGCCGCGUUCCUUGAGGAGGAGAAAGUCCCAGGCGAGUCGGUCAUCUGCACAGGAAAGAUCAGCCAUACUGGCAUCAGCUCGUACAUUCCACAAUACGAGUAUCUCAAGUCGAUCACGCCGAAAGAGCAAUGGGGCCAGAUCAAAAUGACUUUGGCCGCGCCGAAUUGGUACCAUCUUCGCUACAGGCAAGGAAAAGCAUAUCCCAAGGAAGUAUACUCCUCCGACGAGGAAUACUUCGCAGACAUUGCAACGGCAUACAGAACCGAGUUGAGUCUUCUCUAUGAUGCAGGCGUGCGGAACGUGCAGGUGGAUGAUCCCAAUCUGGCCUAUUUCUGCUCGGAGAAGAUGAUUGAGGGCUGGAAGAAAGAUCCCGCAAAUAUACGAUCAAUCGACAGCCUCUUCGACGCUUACAUUGCAUUUUACAAUGAUUGUUUCAAACGUCCCGCAGAUAUGCACCUAGGCAUCCAUCUUUGUCGCGGAAACUUUGUAGGCUCAAGGCACUUUAGUGAGGGCGGCUAUGACAGGAUAGCAUCCAAGCUGUUCAACGAGCUGGACGCGUCGACAUAUUAUCUCGAGUACGACACCGCACGCGCGGGUGGGUUCGAGCCGUUGAAGGAGCUUCCAAAGAAUAAAAAUGUCAUUCUUGGAGUGAUAACCAGCAAAUUCCCAGAGCUGGAGGAUAAGGAGGAGAUGAAGCAGCGGAUUUACAAGGCUGCUGAAUUCGUGGCUUCGGGGAGUGGUGAAAGUAAAGAGGAAGCUUUGCAGCGUCUCGGAGUGAGUCCUCAGUGUGGCUUCGCUUCGCACGAAGAUGGCAAUCUUUUGGGAUAUGCCGACAUGGCCAAGAAGCUGCGUCUUGUGAGAGAGAUUGCAGACGAAGUUUGGCCCGGUCAGCCUUGA